AUGCCACCAAAGAAGGGAUCUGGUAAGCGCAAAGCCCGACCCUCUGAGGUUUCGUCCGUCGCUGCCAGCCCACCCCCAAAGAAGCCCAGAGUCCUCGGUCGAGCUCGAUCCGACUCUAUUCCACACUUGUCUUUGGAAGCUUCCACCGAAGAUCCUCAGGUUAAAACCGAACAGUUGUUCGGAUCAGACAGCGAAAAGACCGAAAUUGAAGACACAAAAGAUAUCCCACCCACAGGCCCGUGGGAAGCUGAUCCGGAGAACUUCGAGAACCACGCAUUGGUCCUGCCUUCCGAAAGCCAAAUUUUCCGCCACGCCAACAACGAUGGAGGACACAACUCUCAUUAUCUAAUUCUAGAUGUGAUUUUACAGAUUCUGCAGCGAGGGCCGAUCAAUCUAGGCCUUGUGACUGCAUAUCCCCCGCAUAAUGAAGUACAGGCGGUGGAAGUACAGGCGGUGGAUCAAUCAUUCGGAAUCAGAGAGCGUGAAAGCACUCACGUACAAGUCCUUCACGACACUGGCGCAGACAUAAUGGCGAUCCCGCUCCCACAAUUCGAGGAGAUUGAGAACUUGGGUAAGAAAGCGACGUUGUACGGAUAUUCCAAGAUGCACGUAGCAGGAGGGACAACAUUCUACGCCAAAGUGGUCGAGCUAGAGCUGACGGUGCUAAUCCCAUACAAAAGUGGGAAAGUGCUAUGCCCUUGGCUCAAGGCCCCAGUUGCUGUGGUGGAGGAGCAACCAGGGGCAUCCUUUCCCACUUCGAUGCUUUCCGGUCCUUUCCCCCGGUUUUCCUUCUAUACUGCGACGUGCCCGGAUGGACUUGGGCUUCUCUACUUGUCGUGGUACAAGGAUGAAUUGGAUGGUCUCACAGAGCUUUCUCCCGGUUAUCAUAUAGAUGCACCGCCACUGGGGGAGAUUUUACCUCCUUCGCCGGGUGGCGGGCCACCUAGAGAGCCGCUUAUAGGCGUGCGGUCUUCUCGGCUGGCUUCGUUUUCGACCAAACAGCCUAUCAAGAGGCCUGCCAAACGAGGUCGAAGGAGGGCGAGGGGGAGAGCGAGAUGA